AUGUCGAUCGAUCUCAACUGGGAGACCCUCACUACCGGCCCCGAUGGCGAAGCGCUCGCCCACAGCAUUCGUGACUUCAUCCACACCAAGUUCCAGUCGGUCCCGCUACCUCGCUUCAUCAAGUCCGUUACAGUUCACGACUUCGAGUUCGGCACCACGCCGCCCGAGCUUGAGCUCAAGGACAUCACGGACCCACUUCCCGACUUCUACGAGGAGAACCUUGCGGCGGAUGACGAGGACUCCGACUCCGACGACGAGGAUGACGGGCGGCAUUUCGACCAUGACCUCGGGUGUGAGGGCACCGGCGUCCCUGAGGAGCUCAUAGCGGCCUCUGAGAAGAGACGCAGGAACGGCCAGGGGCCGAGGCUGACGGCGAUACCGCCGCACAUUAGCACGGCGGGCUUAGCAGGUUCGCCGUUCAGGGGCGGUCCCCUGGCGCCGUUGCAGGAUCUGGGAAGCCCGUUCCUGGGCACGUCGACGCCGGGUAUACCGGGCGGGACGUCAAAUCUCAGCUACUUUCACUCCCAUCUCAUGGGCGGGCCGUCCGGGACUCAGACGCCGCUGGCUGCGGUGGCGGGGGCACAUCUCGGCAACAACAGCCACCACCACCACAAUCAUCCUUGGACACCCGAAGCCGGUGGUACUAGCCCCCUAUCAACGAUAUAUACAGCACCGUUUGCAGAAUCGAUGGCCAGACAGCGAUCAGUCGACGGCCGUGCAUCAAGUCACAGCAGGAACCCCAGCCAGAGCUCAGGCUCAGGGGCGGACUCUCACAACACUAUCAGCGGCCUGACGCCAAUGCACCCAAGCAACACAGCCCUGCGAGAGAAGUCGAGCGUGUCUACCUUUGCGCCGACUUCCUCCGCGGGAACGUCGAGGCCGCCUACACGAGACAACACGAAUGCAUCCGCAUCUAUGCUCGCCGGGUCCGCAAUCACAGAGGACGAGGAGCAACAGGACGACCAGGACCACAAGGACCAUCGCCGGUUCCGCGAGCCGAGGACUGAGGACAUCCAGGCCGUUUUCCGGAUCAAGUACUCGGGCGACGUGAAGCUCUUGCUCACCGCGGACAUACUGCUCGACUACCCCAUGCCGAGUUUCGUAGGCAUACCGCUACGGCUGAGCAUCACGGGCGUGUCGUUCGACGGGGUCGGGGUCGUCGCACACAUCAGGAAGAGGGUGCACUUCUGCUUCCUGAGCCCGGAGGACGCGCUAGCUGCUGUUGGGAGUGAUGGGGGUGGGCAGGCUGAGGAUGUGCCUGAAGGGGCUGGGCCGUCUAAUACACGGCCAGGGAAGAUGGGCGGUCUGCUCCAGGAGAUCAGGGUGGAGAGCGAGAUUGGGCAGAGGGAAGGGGGCAAGCAAAGCCUCAAGAACGUGGGCAAGGUGGAGCGCUUCGUGCUGGAACAGGUACGGCGCAUAUUUGAGGAGGAAUUUGUCUAUCCCAGUUUCUGGACGUUUCUCGUAUAG